CUCACUGGCUGGGGGUGGUCCUAGCCAGUGCAAUGCAGUUGCGGUGACGAACAAUAACAAAAACACCUCUGAUCAAGCGGGCUCAGUCAGAAAGUAGAUUCUGUUCGAGUAAACGUGUAGCAGAGAAGUCUGUCACUGCAGAAAUUAUCUACAAAAUGGUUGAUAGUAUUUACCGUACUCGUUCUCUCGGAGUGCCUGCUGAGGGUCUGUCUGACCAGUAUGCUGACGGGAAAGCGGCCAGGGUUUGGCAGUUGUACAUCGGCUGUAAACAACAAAGAACGUCGCAGUACAGCGAGUGGUUAUGCAACCUGUUGAGAAAAAAAGGUUGCAGCUCGGUGCUUGAUGUUGCUUGUGGAACCGGAGUCGACUCAAUCCUCCUCCUGGAAGAAGGCUUCAAAGUCACCAGUGUUGAUGCCAGUGAUAAGAUGUUGAAGUUUGCUCUGAAGGAAAGGUGGAACAGACGCAAGGAAGAGGCAUUUGAUAAUUGGGUGGUGGAAGAAGCAAACUGGUUGACUCUAGCCGAGGAUUUUGAGGAAAUUCCACAUCCAGAGGGAGGUUUUGAUACAGUGAUUUGUCUAGGAAACUCGUUUGCUCAUUUACCAGACUUUAGCGAGGAGCAGAGAGAACACAGAAUUGCUUUCUCCAAUUUCUACCGGAUGGUCAAGCCUGGAGGGAUUUUGAUCAUAGACCAUCGUAACUAUGAUGCCAUCUUGGACACAGGCUCUGCCCCAGCCAAGAAUAUCUACUACAAUAGUGACUACAUCAAAGACAUAAAGACUUCAAACUUGUAUGUGAAUGGAAAACCUAAAAUGGUGACUCUAGACUACUUCAUGGAUGUGUCUUCCCUUACCAAAGAUAAUCCAGAUAAAGAAUUUCAGACCCAUUUCCGUCUGUCAUACUAUCCCCAUCGUUUGAAGGCCUUUACUGGUCUUCUGAAGGAGGCAUUUGGUGAAAAAGCUGAACAUCAAGUGUUUGGAGAUUUUAGAGAAUAUGACCCUGAAGACACACCUGCAUACUUCAUCCACGUCAUUCAAAGACCAUUUGACGAGUGAUGGAAAAAAUAACAUUAACGUAAAGAGACUUGACAAAUAGCAUUACUUAAAGCAUUUUUGGUUGUAAAAAUGUGACAGUAUGUGAGGCUGAAAUACUAAAUGGACCAUACUGAGAUUUCUGUCUAUGACAGUUACAAUUGUAAAUAUGAUAGUUACUUGUUUGUAAGCAGGGAUAAUAUUAGGUUUGAGGAAUAUCCCUAUAAUACGGGAGUCCUUAGAGUAAUCUCAUUUGUACAAAUCUGUGCAAGUUGAAAAGUGCACCUUCUGAUAAAGCAUGCAGGUGCCUGUGAGUUACUUUGAUUACUGGACUGCUGCUGUUGCUUCAUAAUGAUUGUUCAAGUUGCACUGUGUUAUUAAAUAUUUGUCUGUUCUGCAUUACAUUGUACAUGUAUGCUAAUAUGUGGUAAGUAAUUUUCAAAAAAAUGUAAAUAGAUUGGAG